CCCUGAUGAAGAGGACAGAGAUACAAGGAGAGUCUCAAAAGAUGAAAAAGGCCGUGUGGGUAGUGGUUCUGGCAGAAAUUUGUGGGUUAGUGGACUGUCAUCCUCUACUAGAGCUACAGACUUAAAGAAUCUUUUCAGCAAGUAUGGAAAGGUGGUUGGCGCAAAAGUAGUGACAAAUGCUCGCAGUCCUGGUGCUCGCUGUUAUGGCUUUGUUACAAUGUCAACGUCUGAAGAAGCCACUAAGUGUAUUAAUCAUCUCCACCGAACAGAGCUGCAUGGAAAAAUGAUUUCUGUGGAAAAGGCCAAAAAUGAACCAGCUGGGAAAAAGCCUUCAGACAAAAAGGAAGGUGAAACAAGGAAGGAAAAAGACAGGCACCAUUCUGCAGAGUCCAAAUCUGAAAAGUCUGUUAGUAUUAAGAAGGAGGAGAAGACUGACAAGAAAGAUGAUGCUAAGAAAUCAGAAAAAGACGGAAAAGACGAUAAAGAGGGAAAAGAGAAAGAUGAACAAAAGGCCGGAUCCUCUGAUAGAUCUAGGACAAGCAAAUCGGCAAGUCGAGGAACUGAAAGGACAGUGGUAAUGGAUAAAUCUAAAGGAGAGCCAGUUAUUAGCGUGAAAACUUCUGCAUCAAAAGAGAGGAGUACAAAAAGCCAGGAUCGCAAAUCCGAGAGCAAAGAAAAGCAAGAUAUUUUGUCUUUUGAUAAAAUCAAAGAACAACGAGAACGAGAACGUCAGAGACAGAGGGAGCGAGAAAUCAGGGAAACAGAAAGACGCCGAGAGAGAGAGAGGCGAGAACGAGAACAACGGCUUCAAGCUAUUCAUGAACGGGAUGAAAGACAGAGGCUCCAGAGAGAACGAGAACGACUUGAAUUUCAAAGGCAGCGUCUUGACAGAGAGCGCUUGGAGAGGGAGAGGCUAGAGAGAGAAAGAAUGCACAUAGAGCAGGAAAGGAGACGAGAACAGGAACGAAUCCAGCGAGAGAGGGAAGAGCUUCGACGACAGCAGGAACAGCUACGCUACGAACAAGAACGGCGAUCUGCCAUGAGAAGGCCUUAUGACCCUGACGGCAGGCGAGAUGACCCCUACUGGCCAGAGGCGAAGCGAAUGGCAAUUGAUGAUCGGUAUCAUUCUGAAUUUAGUCGUCAAGACCGCUUCCACGACUUCGACCACAGGGAUCGUGGUCGAUACCAAGAUCAUUGUUUGGACAGAAGAGAUGGCUCAAGAGGAAUACCAGAUCGAGAUGGGCAGCAUUACCCAGAUGAACGCCAUGGAGGGCCUGAUCGUCACUCCCGGGAUAGUUGGGGUGGUUAUGGGUCUGACAGAAGAAUGAAUGAAGGGAGAGGGAUGCCUCCACAAACCCGAGAUGGACGUGGCUGGGGAGAUCAUGGUCGAAAGUUAGAGGGGCACCAAGAUCGUUCAUGGCAGGGAAAUGUGGAUGGAGGAAUGAUGGGACGGGAUCAUGAGAGAUGGCAAGGUGGUGAUAGAAGCAUGCCUGGUCAGUCAGGACCAGGCCAUGUGAUGAAUCGAGGAGGGAUGUCAGGGCGUGGAGGCUUCUCACAAGUUGGAAACCAGAGCCAGAUGAUGCAUAGUAGUGGAGUACAAGGAGUGUUCAUGGGCCAGGAGCGGACAAAUAGACCAGCUGAACCCCGUUUCACCCGCCGCUACUGA